UGGCGUACCGUUUGGUGCAUCUCGGUUAAACUUCGUGAAAUCUCUUAUCAACGUUUAUUGUCAUUUUUUUUUCCUAGUUCUGCUGAAUUAGAAAAUUCGUUUGAAACUUAAAGCAAAUUAUCAGCAGAGUUUGAUUGGCGGCAUCAAUCAGUCCGGUGUCAUUUGUGUCUUCUUCAUUGUUGUGCGGGAUUGGCCGAAAGGAUUCCAAUAUCCUCGUCUCUAGAGUGGGAGUUGGCGUGACGACGAGUGACGGUUUGUGGUACAGUGAUUGUUCCAGUUUCUGGUUUGUUCCACGUGGCACUUCGAAGCGAUAGCGGACCUAUCUCAGGUGGCCUAGUGGAAAUAAUUGUUUUCUUAGCUAAAACGGAACAUAAUUAACUAAUUUGAAUUUCUCCUGUCGUGUCGAAAGCGAAAAACAUUUUUGCAAGCGAUAAGGAAGUCGUAUAAAUUAUCCAGUGAGUUCAAGCGGUGUGAUCGUGGGAAGAUAAAUUCAAAACGUGAGACGGCGUUUGCACAAAAAGUGCGAUAAGUGAAUACAAAACGAAUAAAAGGAAAAUCGUUGGAAGUGAAGCAGGUCUACUGAUUUUUUCGGACGAUAUCUAUUUGGAAUAGAAGUGUAGGAUUCAUCUCGCUGUUUAAUUUGAUUGCAGUACACAUAAAUCAAUUUUGAAUAGCACUACGCAACAAAAACUAUAAUGUCGAUCUCAGAAUUUCGCCAAAAAAAGCUGCUGUACGUGUUCAAUGUUUUCUUUGAUGUGAACCAAAGUGGGGAAAUAGAUCAAAAGGAUUUCGAGCUUGCAAUAGAGAAAGUUUGCAAACUUCGUGGCUGGCCUGCUGGCAACCCUAAAAACGCUGAGACUCACGAAAACAUGCUGAAAAUUUGGGAAGGAUUGCGAUCAAUGGCAGACAAAGAUAACGAUGGCCAGGUUUCCGUGGAAGAAUGGUGCAAAAUGUGGGAUGAGUACGCACGAGAUCCAAAUUCCGUCCUCGAUUGGCAAUUGAGAUAUAUGAACUUCAUGUUUGACCUGGAAGAUGCAUCAAACGAUGGCAGUAUCGACGCAGAAGAGUUUUCAAUCGUUUGUUCCAGUUACGGCCCAGAUAAAAAUGAAUGCCAGGAAGCCUUCCGUAAGAUGUCAAAGGGAGCCGAAGAGGUCGACCGCGAUCAGUUCGCCGUAUUGUGGCGUGAGUACUUUUCCUCAGACGACCCCGGAGCGCCUGGUAAUUUCAUUUUUGGUCGAACGGGAUUUUAACGUGCAAUAGAUAGUGGAGUCGAAAACGAAGCGCUGAUUUUGUUCCCUUUGACCUUUUUGGAUUGUUAACACUCUGAAGGAGAAUAGGAAUAGGAAAAAAUAUCAAUUAAACAAAUCACUCAAAAACGAAACACCCGUUUCAAUUAUAUCGAUGUAGAUAAUGGUUCCGAUUUUCGUUCUAUUCAAUAACAUCAACCGAAAUUUGUUAGGGAAAAAUAUACUGAAAUUUCCAACGGGCUCAACUAGAGAGGACAUUCGAGUUGAUAAUAAAUAAUCAUGAAGAGGAGGUGAUUCUGAGGUGGUCUAGAUUCAUUUCGGAAACAUCAGUCAAAAACGGCAAGCUGCAGAUGUUGUCCCGGCCCCAGAACGCGAAUUCACUGACUAUUAAGUGAUAGUACGGUUCAUGAAUAACAAAAUCAAGCGAUGACACGGAACGGAUACGAUGGUAUGCACCGCUAGAUGAAUGGAGAAUCUGGUCGUUUGCUCGCUGCUGGCAGAAAUAGUUGGUGUAUGGGUGGAUUGCGACGUUCGGGAAUGACAAAACCGGGCUAGACAAGAUGCAGUAGCACUGUGCCAGAAACAAAUAGUCCCCUGCUGCUAUCCGGAACGGUGGCGUGAUGAUAAUAAAUGGAGAAACGUGAAAUAUGAUAAAUCGCAUUAAAUGGUAUGUCGUUUUUUGCUCCCACUGAGAAUGAUUUUCUUAUUGUUCUGCUCCUGGAAGGUUUAUCCUUUAGUUUGGUAUUAAUUCUAGAUAGAAAAUACCUUGGGAAUAGUGAGGAGCUGUGGCACGGAAGAAAUUUGUUUACAGAUAUAAUUAUUUUUGAAUUCUAACAUCGGAGUACCAUUGCAAACUGAAUUAGUUAUUUAAGAAACGCAACGCGAAAGAUUAUUGAAUAGGGAAACGCCUUCUUGGUUUUCCUGCACAUUAAUCGUGUUUGAGCAUGAUGUAUCAAGGCUCACCUGGGUGCGAAUGAUAUUAAAAUAAUUGUCAAAGAUAAAAUGAAAACCAUAGGUAUUUGCUUUGAGCGAAAAAAAUUUGCGAGGAAAACGCUCUUCCUCAACUUGUUAUGUACCACGCGUCUCCACGUAUAAUAUUUAAGAAAUUCCAACUGAUAACAAGAUUCGUUUAGAAAGCAAAACUGCUGCUUCUUGUUUAUGACUUUUUGCUUAUUGCUAACUCUCACUGUUCUAGAUGCACUUCUGCAGAUUUAAAUUGAGUCCUUUCGAUGCAUGAAUUUGAAUGAUGCUCUUUUUGUAUUUUUUGUACACAUUCUGUGGGAAGGUCCCAUAGUACCGAACACAUCGGAGC